GAACAAUAGAAGAAACCUAACCAUGAUGCAGAACCUGAGAUGUUUGGUUGCGAAGGUAAAUCUCGAGAAUCAAUCAGACAGCUAUGUUCUGUUUUGUGUUUGUUCUAUCUUCUGAUUUUACCAAAUUUAUGUUCGCAGGCUUACCGCGUUUGUCAAGGACGUGCUUUCUGUUCCUCCUCCUCCUCAGCUCCCAAUCCCAUCGGCGACAAAGGUUACACCUCUUUCUCCCAAUGAAUUAGGUGUUGCAUUUGGAGAGUAGACCUAAGUUUUUUUUUUGCUUUUAGGAGGAAAUUGUAUUGUCAGGUAUCUCGUAAGUCGAGGUGUGAUAAUGAUGAUGGGAUUCGGCGCAGGUAAGGAGCGUAGAGAGAGAGAUUUUGUAACUCUUUUAUCUACGCCUCGAAUUAGAUUACUUAUCCUGGUUUUUUUGGGCGUAUCAAAGGUACUUACGGCUCGGGAGAUAAAGUCGCCAAAUAUGAGGAGAGGAUGAAAGCGGUAAACAACCAAAAACUCUAUCUAGUGUGUUUUAAAUCCUCUCAUGCAUGCAUGCAUGCCAUCAUCUUUUUUGUGUUUUCAGAUUGACAAUGAUGCUUGGGAGACCUUGGCCAUGCAGCAAGAGCUCUUGUACUUGGACAUGUACGAAUCCUAAUUAUCUUAUCGUCAUUGUGGAGCUGCACCAAAACAUUCUAUUUUGGGUUCCAUAUUUUGUCUCCCUUUAUGUCUGUCUGGUGGUUCAUGUAACAGAGUUUGCUUAUGCGCAUGGAUUUCUUUUCUCUCUAGUGAUGUUUUGGGUCUCUCUCUCUCUAUAUAUAUAUAAAUAGUACAAUAGUUUGUGGCCUUUACGUUUAUAAUAUUAUUCACAAAACAUUAUCUGAUGAUAGAUAUGGUUUUCAUUUUUUUGUAAGGAUAACGACUAUGAAGUAUGAACCGAGUCGAGUAUUACAUAUACUACGACUAAUCAACAACUCUUGAUUCUGUUUGGUUUUGUGGUUGAGAUUUAAAAUGAAGGUAACACAGGUUGGUCACUUUUAGGUAUGAGAUUGAAAUGUCUUACCACAUGUUAAAUAUGAACAAAGUGGCCAACUAUUAUAAAUUUAUAAUGUGUUUUUCCUGUUUAUUCACACCUCUUUUUGUUUCCGCUCCCCUUCCGCGUCACACACGUCUAAAGAUAUUCGAACAUUCGAAGAGCCAAAAUGAAAAUAUAUGCAUAUUAAAAUAUACAUAAUUGAAAUAUUAUAUAUACAUACUUUAAUUUGAAUUAGAUCAUAGACUUUCAAAGUGGAGGGUAAAGAGGAUCAAAUGUAAUCAAUGACCAAAUUGAAAUUGUGUAAUAGAUAAAUACAAAUUAAAUGAUUAACAAAAAACUAAUGAUGUAUGAGUUUGACUUUUCAGGUCAUUAGGUGCACUGUUAGUAGUGUGAUAAGUGUGUCGACAAGAGAAGGCCCACACGUAAUAUGGAAGCUUAAAUACCUAACACCCAUCAUCUCCUCCAAAUACACCAGAGAAAAAAAAACAUAAACAAACAAAAAAUGGCUGGAGAGGAGUUCUUGAAACUGUUCGAGUACAACUGGUCGGAGAGACUGGUCUUCAAGAAAAACAAAGACUCUUUGAAAUUCAAUGAAGAGAAAACGGAAGAUAAAGAAGAUCAAGAUGUGAAGAAUUUUCUUGUAAAGAGGGCUAUGAGUGAUGAGACGAUGAUGAUGAUAACGACGAGUUCUGUUUCAUCAUCAGAUGAUUUCUUCUCAUCUCCUAGAUCGGUCUUAGCCGUUAAAGCAUCGCCGACGAAGCUCCAGACGAUUCUCUCCGGUAAAGAAGUCAACGAGUUCUCAACUGCGGAAAGAGACAGAGUACUUUCUGAAAAGUCAGAGAAGGAAGAACAAAGGAAGAAGAAGCAGAACGAUGUAAGAAGAAGAAGGAGAAGGGGAAAGAGUAUGUCGGAUUUGGAGUUCGAGGAGCUUAAAGGGUUUAUUGAUCUUGGUUUUGUCUUCUCAGAGGAAGACCAAAGAGAUUCGGAGCUUGUCUCGAUUCUUCCUGGAUUGCAAAGGUUAGUGAAGAAAGAUGAUGUAACAGAGGAAGAAGACAUGAGCAACGUAAACAGACCAUAUUUGUCGGAAGCAUGGGAUCAUUGUGGAGGGAGAAAAGGGAAGAGGCAUAUAACGCCGGCGAUAAAGUGGAAAGUUCCAGCUGUGCCUGAGGUGAAAGAAGUUGAGCUGAAAGAUCAUUUGAAACAGUGGGCUCAUGCGGUGGCUUCCACUAUCAGAUGAUGAUAAUAACAAAAAGUUUGUAUUCUCAAUAUGCGUUACUUUGACCAUUGUGUAUCUGUCAAUUUUUGAUUGGUUACUUACUGAAAAUAAAGAUGACAAUUCACAAUUAAAUUAUAAGAUUUAGAAAUAAAAUAAUGGAGGCUUGGAGAUUGA